UUUUGUUUUCAUUUUCUGUAUCAUAAAUUGUGAAUCAACUAUUGUCUUGUUUAACUGUCUCACGUCACAUCAUGAUUAAAUUCCGCCAUCCUUAAACUCGCGAUUUUAGUGAACGCACGCGGAUGUCUUUGUGCAGACAGAACUAUCAUGAAGAGUGUGAAGCUGGUGUUAAUAAGCAGAUUAACAUGGAGCUAUAUGCGAGCUAUGUUUAUAUGACCAUGGCUUUUCAUUUUAAUCGUGAUGACGUUGCCCUGAACGGUUUUUAUAAAUUUUUCUUGAAAGAGUCAGAAGAGGAGCGACAACAUGCUAUAAAGUUAAUGACUUAUCAAAACAUGCGAGGUGGUCGGAUUGUGUUGCAAGAUAUAUCGGCGCCUCCUCAACUUUCAUGGACUUCGGGGCUUCAUGCUAUGCAGGAUGCCCUUGAUUUAGAAAAGAAGGUCAAUCAGAAUCUGAUGGAUUUACUGGCUGUUGGUGAAAGACACAGGGAUUCGCAUUUUUGUGAUUUUAUCACAAAUGAAUAUUUGGAAAUCCAGGUACAAUCUAUUAAAAAGCUUUCCGAAUACAUUACUAAUCUUAAUCGUGUGGGCACUGGUCUUGGAGAAUACACAUUCGACAAAGAAACCUUACAUGGCGAGAGUCAAUAAAUUUUUGUAUCAACAGACUAUUCUAAACAGUUUUCCAGCUACAAUGAAUUAUAUUUUGUAUAAUUUAAUGGUUUAUACUAAAUAAUUUAUGUAUUCUAAAGUUAAAUGUAUUAGGAUUUAAAUUGUCUGAAAAAGUCGUUGUGAGUGCCUAAUCUUCCCAUGUACUGAUGUUUAAGGUAUAUGGCGCAUAGGAAAUUGGUAUCCGCAGUAUUCCAUUUUUGAUCCACAACCUACCGUUGACUUUGAAUAUAUAUUUCUCCAUAAAGUAA